GAAUCGAAAAUGUCGUAUGCAUAAAGAAGUACAGCCACCAGUACUGAGUUCUACUGAAAGUGACAGUCCCAGUAUCUGUCUACAAUCCCAUCUCACAGAAGGUCGAUACGUCAUCAUUCCAACUACAUCUUCAAAGAAUCACAAAAGGAAGUUUGCAAUUCGUCUCAUAACAGACAAAUACACUAAACUAAGGAAUUUAAUACUGGACCAGCCAGAGACCUCAGAAAAUGGCAAUAUUGAGUCUCCUCAGAGAAUGACAUCUAUCACUAUACUUAAAGCUGAAAGUCUAUGGAUUCCUGGCUUAGACAAAGAACCAGAUACGUACGUCACUAUUGAAUGCGAAGGCACCAAAAUUAAAUCUCAGCUGAAGAAAGACACUGUUGAUCCAGAAUAUAAAUUAAGGGCGCUAUUUUACAGAAACCGUCCACACAAGACUAUUAAAAUCAAGGUAUAUGCAAGUGCAUUCCCCAACGACUAUUUACUUGGGUCGGUGCUCAUAGCAGGGACUCGGAAUGCAUUUGCUAAACGUAAAGUGUAUGAGCUACAAGGUCCCCCAGAAACCAGAGGCAUAUGGCUCCUGCACACUGAGACAUUUUCCAGCGACAACCUGAAUGCCUUCUAAUCAGACUUGCUUAAAGUAGCACAAUUUUCCAAAGAUUAGCUUAUGGCCUCAAGAAAAUUAAAAGUGUCAGUUAUAUAUGACUGAGAAAAAAUGUUUGCUGCUUCAUAAGCUCUUGCUGACAAUAUAUUAUGUGUUCUGGGGGGUGCACUUCAAAAUAUUGACUUGCACCUAAACUCAAAAUACUGAGACCAAAAUAUCUAAAGCUUAAA